UUCAGAUUUUGCACGGAGGAUUCUAUUCCCCCCCAAAAGGUAGCUACCUGUACCAAGAGCUAGCUAUAUGAGAUACUGGUUAUCUCAUUAUAAUAGUACGGUUAUUUGAAAUGAAAAGUAUUUCAUAACAGUAAAGCAAAUAGUAUUGCAUCUGUGACUGAAAGUUUCCUCCUCAAUCUGUUUGACGAAUGGGGUGAUUUGAAACAGUCAGCGCAUCACCCGUUGGCUAGCUGUUACGAGUUUAGCCCCUGUUCAUAUAGCUAGUUAUAGUACACAUCAGUGGUUUAGACAGUUGCUCGGCCUUGGUCAUAUUAACUAACGUUAGCUAGCUGGUCUGGAUAAAAUGUUUUUUGAGAAAGCAUACAUUUUGGGUGUUGUUUUAUAAAAUGGAAGAGCCCUGGGAUUUCGAAUUUUUAUCCCGCAUUGUGGACGGGUUUGUUUCGUUUCUUUCCGAAUUUGUUGACGACUGGCUGGCUAAUGAUAUGAGAGUGUCAAUAUUCAAGAUAUUGUUUAGUUGGCUCGUUGUCAGUCUCAUUGCCAUCCAUUUCGCUUGGAAAUUUUACGGAAACACUGUGAACGAUAUGUAUUACCGACAAGGUACUGGUGGAAAGAAUGGGGGCACACCUGACACUGCACCUCACAGGAGCGGAUGGGAGAAUGCGGCAGGAGACAACCUCAAGACACAUCGUGAGUGACAGACAGGACAUGUUGGACUACAUACAAUUUGCUCUCUGUCUUGUCAGACAGGGUUGCUGAGUAGACACAGACUUGCUAAUGUUGUGCCUUUUCAAACGGACUGGAGUUCAUUGAUGAGGUGGGCCUGUGGAUGCUUCGUUUGAGCUGAAGAAGUUUCUCCUUGUUGGUUGUCAUGAUGAUAUAACGGUUAUGCUGUUUGCUUCCACACAAACACCAUGUAAUAUGCUAAGAUAUUCUCUCAUAUGCCAUAUCUUUUUAAAUCUCAUGUCUUUUUAAAUUUAGCUCCUCUGGCUCAUGUACAAUUGUACCUCCUUUUAUUGGUGAGACAUUCAAAUAUCCAUCUGGCUACAUAUCCACUGAUUGUUCUAGAUUUACAUGAAAUGUUAUUCUAAUCUGUAGACAGAAUCUGGAGAGACUCAACAACUGUAUGCUGUGAGGGUUGUGGGUUGGUGUGACUGCAGUUAUGUUCAUAACAUUGUAUGAGUAAGGAGCUGUUCAGAGAGAUGGUUUCUGUUUUUAUUUUUGCUGGAGCAAGGCUACAUAGUAAUCCAUGAAGAUUGCGCUGGAGCAAGGCUACUGUAGAGAGAGUGGUCAGAGAUAGAGGUCUUACAUCAAACAGCACCUUUCCUCAAAUUCAUAUUUCUUAUUCUUGACAGCCUGAGCCCUCAAUGACUGUCUUUUGAUUGUUAUGAAAAUAUAAAACAGUUAAGACUG